AGUCCGCGCGUGCGUGAGUCCGCGCUCGCGCGCCAUUUUCUAAAACGAGCUCGAGCUGUGGUAUUUAAUUAUGUACUUCAAAAACUCAAAAUACGGCAAUAUUUGCAUUAUACGUAUCAUAUCCAAAUAGUGCAUAUUGUACACGGAAUAUUACUCAAACUACAAUCAGAUCUGUAAUAGCCGUGUAAUAAACAUAUGUAUUUAUUUUGUGCGUGAUACUGCAACAAGUUUCAUAAACAUGGGGAAUUUUGCAGAGAGACGCGCGUAAUCAGCCAGUGGGCGAAGCGUAAAGCAGCAGCUAAGCUGUUGCUUUAGUUGCUCAAGCUCUAUUUAUAGCCCCCGUUCUGCACAGACGAGAGCGCCCAGUGUGACAUCUUCAGGGUUAUUAUUCUAUUUGGACACUGCUAUUUGAGAGAAAUGAGGGAUCACGUUACGUCAAUUGAUCGAGUAAACUAUUGCGCUGUCAUCGCGUUGGCGGCACUCAGCUUUAUGGUGCUGCGGAAAUGGAUAUCUGGUGGGGUCUGCAAAAGCCGUGUUCGCCUAGAUGGAAAGACAGUUGUGAUCACUGGUGCCAAUACUGGGAUUGGCAAGGAAACAGCAAGAGAUAUGGCUUGCAGAGGGGCUCGGGUCGUGAUGGCCUGCCGGGAUCUGACUCGUGCUGAGAACGCUGCAGAGCAUAUUCGCCGCUCCACCGGAAAUGGCAAUGUAGUCAUCCGACACUUGAAUCUGGCUUCUCUCUACUCUGUCCAAGAAUUUACCAAAGAGUUCAUUGCCACAGAAGAACGACUGGACAUACUCAUCAACAAUGCAGGUGUGAUGAUGUGCCCCAAGUGGACCACAGAGGAUGGCUUUGAGACUCAGCUGGCUGUCAAUCAUUUGGGACAUUUUCUUCUGACCAAUUUACUAUUAGGGAUGCUUAAGAACUCCUCCCCCAGCCGUGUAGUGACUGUGUCCAGCAUUGCUCAUGUUGGCGGAAAGAUUGAAGUUGAUGAUCUGUUUUUUGACAAAAGGCCUUACAGCCCUUUGGUCAGCUAUAAACAGAGUAAACUGGCCAAUGUGCUUUUCUCUAGAGAACUUGCAAGAAGAAUGAAAGGUACUGGAGUGUCCUCAUACUGCUUGCAUCCAGGAGUGAUUCGAACAGAGUUGAGUCGCCAUAUUGAGUCGUGCUACCCCAUGCUAAAGACUUUACUGUCUGUGCCCUCCAUGCUGUUGAUGAAAACUCCCUGGCAGGGUGCACAGACCUCCAUCUACUGUGCUGUCACAGAGGGUUUAGAGAGGAAGUCUGGCUGCUACUUCAGUGAUUGUGCUGAAAAAGACCCUGCUCCAGAAGGUAAAGAUGAUGCAGUGGCUAGAAGGUUGUGGGAGGAAAGUGCUCGGCUAGUUGGACUAAAUGAUCGACGAUGACACGUCGUACGGCACACAUACUUCUUCACCUCAUCUCUCGCGAGGUGGCAGAAACUCAGACAGGAAGUCAUGGCAGAGCUAGUGUCAGGGCAAACAAUAUGGUUUUCAUUAGGAGAUGGCAUUUACUAGACCUUUUUCUUUACGGAAGAGUUUUCCAUUUGUUAAAGGUGAAAGUGUGUCAUUUUUUCAGUGUUAAAAAUACAUUCUCAUAUCCCAGGUUAAUGUGCAUUGACAGCUUUAAGUAUGCCAUUCAUAGGUAAAGUCAGUCAGUUCGGUGGCUCUGUGGUGCUAUCAAAACAUUGCUGUUUGUUUGAGCAUCCCGACCAGACCAACAGCAGCAAUAGAACAACCGACGACAUUGGAGUUCGGAGUGGGACUGUUAGUUAUUACACAUAUGUGCUUUUUAACCUUCCAACAACUUCUUAAAACUCUAGAAUUUUUUUUAAUGCUUUGUUCUCAGUGGUCAUUUCCUAAUAACACGAUAAUACUCGGUACAUUCCAGCACAUUCCAUUUUGUGGCUAUAUCAGAACAAACUACCAUAAGAGUCAUAAAAAAGUUUAAGAGAGCUACCUUGUUUUGAAAAUGUGUAUACAUAUUCUGUAUAAAUAUGUAUGAUUUACUUUUAACCACUAGAUGGCAUUAAAUAUGUGUUUUUGGAAACAUAGUAUUAUAUAUUUUUAAAGAUCCCAUAUGCACUUUAUGAUACAGCAAGGCAGCAUUGCAGGUCAAUUUGCAAACAAAUGGAAAAUAUGUGAUGGAAAAAGCAGACCUUGAUUUACAUGACUUGGUUGUAGCUUACAGUUAAGUAGAUACCACAAUAAAUGGAUUGUGUAUAACAAUCAAUAUAAAAAUAGUCAAACAGAACAACAUGCUAAAAACUGCAUUGUGUAAGAUAUGUUUAGCUGUGCCACAAAUGCAUUUAACUGUUAAAGGAGUAGUUCACCCAAAUAUGAAAACUCUAAUCAUUUACUCACCCUCAUGCCAUCCCAGAUGUAAAUAACUUUCUUUCUUCUGCAGCACACAAAUGAAGAUUUUUAGACAAAUAUCUCGGCUCUGUAGGUCCUUACAAUGCAAGUGAAUGGCGAUCACGCCUUUGUAGCUCCAAAAAUCACAUAAAUGAAACAUAGGGGUAAUUCAUAGUGGUUAUAUCCAUAUCUUCAGAAACUAUAUAAUAAUAGUAAAUUUUUACUCUAAAUCUCCACUUUCACUUUUACAUCUGAAAGAAACGUGGUGCCUGUUUAGUUUCACCUUCACAUCUGAAAGUGUAUUACAAAAAAGGACUUAAAUAUUGUUCUGUUUCUCACCCACACCUAAUAUAUUGCUUCUGAAGAUAUGGAUUUAAACACGAGUCAUAUGGAUUACAUUUAUGUUUCCUUAAUGUGAUGUUUUUGAGCUAUAAAUGUCUGAUCACAUUCACUUGCAUUGUAUGGAUGUACAGAGAUGAGAUAUUCUUCUAAUAACUUUAUGUUUGUGUUCUGCUGAAGAUAGAAAGUUAUACACAUUAGGGAUGGCAUGAGGGUAAGUAAAUGAUAAGAGAAUUUUCAGUUUUGGGGGAACUAUUCUUUUAAAUGACAAUAUUUACCCCCUGGAGUUGAUUUUAAAUGGUAUAUUUAUCUUUAUGAAUGCAUAUUUUUAAAACCAUAAAAAUACUGUAUACUUUGUGUCAUGUACUGGUAUUUUGUAUCUAGAAUUUCAAUGUAAGCUAUUUUAAUUUUGGGAUAUUUUUGCUCCAUGCCUCAAUUAAUUUGAAACAUGGUGUCUAGUAUUUAUUUUUCUUUUCUAGUUUUAUCUCACCUUUUCUAUUUCCAUUAUUUAAAUUUAGCGCAUCCCAGAUUUCUUUUAAGGUGUUUGAUAAGUUAAAAUUUUAUUUAUUAUUAAUAUACUUACAAUUUCACUGUUAAUACAUUUUCAAGAUUGGUUGUUUUGUGGCUGUAAAAAUCAAUUUGCAGCAAUCUCAAGCUCAUUUAAAAACUUCAACAAAAAUGCUAUUGUGCUGGUGUGCUUUCUCUGUAAAUCCUUACAGGCAAAUAAAUACAACUGUGUUGCAUAGUGGAAGUCAACAGAUUUGGGUGAGGAAUUGUCUGAUUAACACUGAAGGAUUUUGCUAAUGUGUUCCCUGCCUGUAAACAACAUUUGACUAUUCAAUGGAGCUUCUGUCCCAGGUCAACUUUUGCUCCGGGGUAUCAUUUGUGUGUAAAAUUGUAAAGUUUCAUUUUCUUGCGUUAAUUUCUUUGUAAACUCUUUACUGAUAAUAUCUGUCUGGUAAUAAUGCGUGAGUGUAGCAACUACCGGGUUCCCAAAACCACUUUUAUUUCUCAGCAAGACCUUUGUUUUGUUUCACAAAAACAAGAUUAGUGAAAAAAAAGUGAUUAGUCAAAGACUGUGUGACAAUGCACGCCACCCUUAGUUAUUUACUGGUGCCUUAAAAUGGAAAAUACAGAUUAAAUCAAAUUAAAAACAAAUUACUGGGCCAAUCAAAUGAUACAACUCCCAAUGCAAUUUAGGUUGCACCAUUAGCACAUCUUUUAUGGUCGACAUAAUUCACUAAACAUACUCAUAUCCUGCACUUUACUAAAGCUGUGCCCAAUCAAUGAGUGGUUUGCAGGCCUGGCCCCAAUGGGUGAUGCCCGGCGCCUGCCGGUCUAUACACGUAAUAUCUGUAAAUAAUGUAGGAAGAGUGUCUUCUGUACUUUAUUCCUCCAAGCCAUGUUUUAAAAGCCUGAGCCAAAAGAAAACAAUUAAUGUUAAAGGUGUAGUUCAUCAAAAAAAUUAAAAUUCUGCCGCCAUUUACUCAAGACUCAUUUUGUUCCAAACUCAUAUGACUUCCUUCUACAAUGGAACAAAAAAGGAAACAAUUUGAAGAAUGUUGGCGCUCAUCUUUUAUUUCAUACAAUGAAAAUGAAUGGUGACUGAGACUGUCAGUCCCUAACAUUCUACCAAGCACCUCCUUUUGAGGUCUACUGUAAAAUAAGGUCAUACAGGUUUGGAGAGUAAAGGAUGAGGAUGAGUAAAUCAUUUUCAUUUUGAGGUGGAACAUUCCUUUUAACUUGCAUAUAAACAAAAUAGCAGAUGUUGCACUAGUGUAAUAGGUAGGCUACACCCUCUUUUAUGAAAAUCAAUUGUGCUCUAAUAUUCUCAGAUUCAUGUGAAUUCAUUUCAAUGUGACAUUCCUGUAGGCUGGACUGAGUGUGAUAUACAUGUAGCCAACACAUCACAACAUUUUUCAGUUCAUAUUCAAAUGUGUUAUACGUUGAGCUAUGUUUUUUAU